AUGAAGCUCUUCCUUGUGCCAAUUCUCUUUCUCAUCUUUUGUAAUUAUUUUGUAAAUGGUUUCAAUAUGGCUAUUUACAAAUCGAUGAAGAAAUCACCAACAACCACAUCUCGUCCCACUAUGAAAUUGGUGCCACCAAUCUACGUUCCUGCUCCAAUUCGUCCUUGA